AUCGGUGCCAAUUGUAGGCUGUGCAUGUUUGUUCUCCACCAGUGAUUCCUUAUGCUUGAAAGAAGCUGCAACCUGUGUCUUACAGGAUGGAUGGUGUGAAUUUAAAGAUACUUCUGUAUCGACAUCAGUGCUCUGGGCUUUGUUGCGGCGUUCAGUUUUUUUCCAUUUACAAGAGAACACCUCCCAUCAUACAUCCCCAGUUGCUGCGCCUCGUAUAUAAAGACAGUUUUUGAACAAUAGAGGACGAGGACAACACCAAAUAGAAAUUUUGAGACUUUAUUUACUUUUUUUUUUCUUCAAAGCACAGAUUGAUACCACUUAAACAAGCUUAUGUGACAGACAUGGAAAAAAUAUUAUUUUAGAAUUUUUUUGUUACUGUACCCUUUUUUAGUUCAGGUUUUGGGAUGUCAGAAAAGCCAGACGACAAAAUGGUGAAGUUCCUAGCUCCCCCUCCAAAAAGUGGAAAUGGCCCCAGUACUGGUUCAGAUUCGCUGGUGAGUGAGAGUCGAUCAGUAGAGGUGAGACGCCGGCAUCACACUAUGGAGCGUGACAGGUGUAACCCCGAACACCGGUUCUUGCGUCGAAGUGUCAUCAGCGAUUCCAACGCUACAGCGUUAGCCCUUCCUUUACCCAGCAAAAUCCCCAUCUUGGCUCCUCAGCGAUGUGAGCUACAGGAACCAGUCCUGCAGCUUGAAAAGGCUUGUGCUACUCACUCAACAAAGACUGAACCAAGAAAAGAUCAUCAUGAAAAGUGCACUGAAAAUGGAAGAGAAAGGCAUGAAAAAGAUCAAGGUAUAGCUAAGGAAGACAUCCCUUCAGCACAAAAGUCUGCCACUGUGCAAGAAAUCUGUGAUAGAGAUACGCUGGUAGCAGCUCACGCUACACCAUGUCUAGGAUCAGAAUUGCCAAUUCACCCAGAACCUGUAAGCACCACUGAGGUGAAGGUACCUCCUGAUGAUGAGGGGGAGGAUUCUGCCAAGGCUCGAGCAGAGGCAGAGCAAAGAGAGGCUGAGAAAAGAGUACAGGACGACAUAGAGGAGGCAGAGACCAAAGCAGUUGGGACAUCACCUGAUGGACGAUUCCUGAAGUUUGACAUAGAAAUUGGACGUGGCUCAUUCAAGACUGUCUACAAGGGCUUGGACACCGAGACCACAGUGGAGGUGGCGUGGUGCGAGCUGCAGGAUCGUAAGCUGUCGAAGGCAGAGCGACAACGCUUUAAGGAAGAAGCAGGGAUGUUAAAGGGCCUACAGCAUCCCAACAUUGUUCGCUUUUAUGACUCCUGGGAGGGACCUUCCAAGGGAAGGAAGUGCAUUGUAUUGGUCACUGAACUCAUGACUUCUGGUACACUUAAAACAUAUCUGAAGCGGUUUAAGGUGAUGAAAAUCAAAGUGCUUCGUAGCUGGUGUAGACAAAUCCUUAAGGGACUCCACUUCCUUCAUACUCGGGCUCCUCCAAUCAUCCACAGGGACCUCAAAUGUGACAACAUUUUCAUCACAGGACCAACAGGAUCUGUCAAGAUUGGAGACCUGGGACUGGCCACUCUCAAGCGUGCAUCUUUUGCCAAAAGCGUUAUAGGUACCCCUGAGUUCAUGGCGCCAGAGAUGUAUGAAGAGAAGUACGACGAGUCAGUGGAUGUUUAUGCCUUUGGAAUGUGCAUGCUGGAGAUGGCCACCUCAGAGUACCCUUACUCAGAGUGCCAGAACGCUGCACAGAUCUACCGCAGAGUAACCAGCGGGGUGAAGCCAGGCAGUUUUGACAAGGUGGCCAUUCCUGAAGUGAAGGAGAUCAUCGAGGGAUGUAUACGACAGAACAAGAAUGAGAGAUACUCCAUCAAAGACCUUCUGAACCAUGCAUUCUUCCAGGAAGAUACAGGUGUACGAGUAGAGCUGGCAGAAGAGGAUGAUGGUGAAAUGGAGGCAAUUAAGUUGUGGCUGAGAAUUGAGGAUAUAAAGAAACUUAAGGGGAAGUACAAAGACAACGAAGCCAUUGAGUUUUCUUUUGACCUCAACAAAGAUGUCUCAGAGGAUGUGGCUCAGGAAAUGGUUGAAUCUGGUUAUGUUUGUGAAGGUGACCACAAGACUAUUGCAAAAGCCAUUAAGGAUAGGGUGUCUUUAAUUAGGCGCAAGAGGGCACAGCGACAGCAGGUCAGAGAAGAUCAGGAGAAGAGAAAGCUUGAAGAGGAGGCUCAGAAUCAGUCGAUAUCACAGCAACCAGGCCAGCCGUCCUGUGUGGAGAUUCCUCAGUCACAACCAGUGCCACAGUCCGCUUCAUACGUUUCUCCACAACCAAACCAGCAAAGCUCUCAGAUUAGUGCCCAACCAGCUUCUUUGCAAAACCUUCAGAACUCUAACUACAGCGCUGCUCAAUCCACUCAACUGAUUGGCAUGUCACAGGGGAUCUCUUAUGUACCACAGUCAGCUGGGCAAGUCCCAGUUCAGGGUCAGAGUGUGAGUGGUGUCCAGCCAGAGAAUGAGGAACCUGAGACUGACCAGCAGCUGCACACCGGAGGAACUUGGGACAUGGGAGACAGAUUACCUGGUUCUUCUGUGCUUCCUGAGACCCUGCCCCCUCAGCCUGGAGUAUCCUACAGUUCAACCAGUCAGCAUCUUCAGCCGCAGGCAUCAUGCUCACAGAUGCCAAAUGAACCAACACAACUACAAGGGAUGCAAGGUGUUCAGCCUGAGGUUGUCUCCACCAGCCAGUCUGCUGCGGGGGCACCUUCGCAGACUCCCUCUCAGCAAGUUGUGUUGCCCCAGUCCACUCAGCCGUCUCUCCCACAGCAGCAGCCAGAAAGCAGCAGUUCACAGCCACAACCAGGAGCUCAGCAGCUGCAGGGUUCUGGGACUAUUCCUCCGUCAACACCAGUGGAGCAGCCAGCAGGGCCUUCUGUCCUGGCACCACCAUCUGCAGAAAGCUGCUUGUCAGAUGCUGCUUCAGGUCUUAGCGAUGGUAAUGAAGGAAACUCUACGUCAGGGGGUCGCCACGAGGGGCGCUCAAUGAAGCGCCAUCAGCGACGAUCUGUUCGCAGCCGCUCUCGUCAUGACAAGACCACAAGGGCCAAGCUAAAUGUUCUCAGUAUUUCUAAUGUGGGAGACAGAGUAGCAGAGUGCCAACUGGAAACACACAACAGGAAGAUGGUGACCUUCAAAUUUGAUCUUGAUGGCGAUAAUCCAGAGGAGAUUGCACAGAUUAUGGUUGAAAGUGAGUUCAUCUUAGAGAGCGAGCGCGAGUCUUUCAUAGAGCAGGUCAGGGAGGUCAUAGAAAUGGCUGAUGAGAAAGGAGAGAGGAUGAAGGAAGGCUUCCCCCAGAUUAAUGACCAACAACAGCCUGAGCUGACUAUUCCCAUGGUGCCAGGCAUUUCCCCCAGUACUACCACUCAGGUGGUUCAUUCAGCAGGACGGAGGUUCAUAGUCAGCCCAGUCCCAGAGUCUCGUCUUAGAGAACAGUUCUUUGGAGCCCCCUCUGCAAACACGUCCAUUGGUGAUGAACCUAUGUCUACUCCUUUGGGUCUUUCUCUCUCUGCUCCAUCUGGAAUUCUCCAGCAAGCUUUCAUUAAAGUCAGGCAGGCUCGUGUAGACCGAAGUAACACCCUCGAUCCUUCUACUACUGAACCAGAGCCAUCCACUGAUGUUUGUCCAAACUCUAGCAGUAUCUCAUCCCCCCUGGAAGCUGUGGUUUCCACCACUAGCACUGCUUCUCAACCCGUUUCUGUCACGUCUACUGCAACAUCGUCACCACCCAUUUCAGCUGGAAGGGUUUCACCUUCACCAGUUUCAGCUCAGUCCCAAACUGGAAUCAGUGAUUCUAGUCCUCCACCUCAGACUUCAAAUGAAACAGCUCACCCACAGGUUCCACCGUCUACUAGCAUCCCGUCUUCAUCCUCCACGGUUUCCCCUCCAUCAACAUUGACUACUAUUCCUUCAGUACCUGGACCUCAGUCAAACAGUACCACUGUCUCUUCUGGUACAUCCAGCAGUGUUGGAGCUUCAGAGCAACAAGCUUUUAAUGGUGCUGUUACAUCUUCUCAGCCCCAGCCUCCUACUUCAUUACCCAAUCAGACCCAGAUCCAGUCGCAGCCCGUAGAGUCAGAGGGGGCUGAGGUCCAGUCUAAGUCAGCUGGCAGAGAUGACAUCCAAGCCUUAGACAUGAAGCUACGCUCGCUCUUUAAAGACCAGAGCACCUCUUCGGUGUCCGUGGAAGCCAGUCAGAACACAGGCACAUCCUCUCCUCCUCCUGGAACCUGCUCCCCUCCUCCUGGAACCACCGUGGUGCCCCCAUCUAAUCUUCCCGUCAGUUCUGGAGUACCAGGUGUUGUGGGCUCCACAACCACACCAUCAGGACAUGCCCAGACUCCUCCCUCCAAGGCCCGGUCACAGACUUUACCAACAGAUUUUGAUCCGUCUGCUACACCAUCCUCUGAAGUUAUACCUCCAUUUCCUGGACCCCAUCAAUCACAACAGCUUCAGGAAAGUUUAGAUGCCCAGCUGAGAAGAGCUCUAAGUCCAGAAACCAUACAACCGGGUGACGGUGUCCAGCUUCCAGCAGCAGGUUUCAGUGAAGAAAGUGACAACACUUCUGUUCCACCUGAUGAAGAACCCAGCAGUGCUCCAAAUCCACACACUGUAGUUUCUUCUUCAUCCCUUACACCAUCCUCUACGUCUUCUUUUUCUUCAACCUCAUCCUCCUCUUCGCCCUCAAGUCCAGAAAAUACACUCCACAGGUCAUCACCUUUACCUAAAGAUUCAGGCGAAACCGAUGGAGCCGCUUCUCUCUCUGCCGGUCAGACCACAAGUAUCGGACGUUUCCAAGUGUCCAAGACCAGCAUCGCUCCAGCUGAGCCGUCCGCUGCCUCUAAAGUGGGACGAUUCUUUGUCACAGUGACUCCUGCCCCUGCACCAAUUUCCAGUCCAUCACAUAGUUUGCAAAAUAGCCCCUCAUCCUCGACCUCUGACCCUCAAAAUACACAUCCCCAUUACAGCAGUGACAACGACGACGACGACUCUGAAACUGAGGACGAAGCCCUCAAAAAGGAAAUAAGUCAUCUUAGAGAAAAACAUAUGGUGGAGAUUCAAGCCUUGCAGGCUCGACAGAAAGAUGAGAUAGAGGCCCUGUACUCACGGAUGGGAAAACACCCCCCUCCAUUAGUCUUUUCUCCUGCUGUGGCGAUGGCUGGAGGCCGACGUAGGCUCAAAAGCAAGAGCCACAAAUCUCGCAGUAGUGGACAGCCCAGUCCCACACACUCAGCUGGAGGUCAUGGACCAGAGUCCUCUCCAAAGCGCAGUUUGCCCUCAGCAGUAAGCGGGACAUCCACAGAACAACUCGCAUCCUCUCCAUCUUUGCCGAGCCUCAGUAGUUGCGCCACUGGAUUAGGUGGAACCAGCUCCACAAAUGGAUCAGGCUGCUGUCAGAACGUCUCUACUUCUAUGUCCCUGGGCGCUGGACAUGCUCCUCCUGCCUCUCACACUCAGAAGUCCAAGGGCACCUUUACUGACGACCUGCACCAACUAGUGGAUAAUUGGGCCAGAGAUGCCAUGAGUCUCUCCCAGUGCAAAAAGGGGCCUAAAACUGGAGCGCCUGCAGCCAUUGGACAUGAAAUUAUCCCUCCAGGCAACAUGGGUCGUAAAUUCUCUGCUCCAGGCUACCUCUGCUCGGCCCCUCCACCCUCCAACAGUACGUCCACCACCAUCACUCAUCUGCCUAACGCAAGCAAUCCCGCAGCAUCCCUGGGGCCACGUAAAGGCUCUCUCGGCCCAGUUGCCCCAGGCUUUGGAUAUGCCUCUGCCUCCUACAGUGCUCCUCAGUGGGCAGGACCCACAGGCACGUGCCAGGUCAGCGUGCAUAACCCAACACAGCCACUGAAACAGUACCAGCCGCCCACAACAGCCUCCGUCUCAAUGCACCAGGGCUACCACGUGGCAACAGCACCAACUAACCAGAUGUCAGCCAGCCAUGGAGGAACCAACCCGAGGCCUACGUAGCCCAGUCCAAGUCCUCGAGCUGAGAUGAAGAGCCAUAUGGGGCAGAGAAGACAGACAGUCAUUAAUUGAGAACCACGGCCUCUCUUUGCAUUUUGCUGAUUAGUUGACUUUGUAUCGUGCUUUUUUAUUUCAACUUCUAUCAUUUGUGUAUUAUUUCUGGUAAAGAGUUGAGCUGUGUGGUUUGAGCCCUCAGGUAGAAUUAAGUCUGUCUGGUAAUUGGCAGAAGAGUGCAAUAUAUCCAUUCGCAGCACAAACGUCCCACACUUAUCCUGCCGUUAGCUGUGGAAACAAGCUGUGACGGGUCGGGUGCUAGUACCCUGUAAUGUAUUGCACCAAAGGCAUGACCAAAAGCAGCCAAAGGUGUAUUUUGAAAGCAGACGUUGCUGUUAUGUCAUUCCUUUUGAAGGGGAGAAGAUAUGGAGGGGAUCGUAGUUCACACCCGUAAAUGUCUGGACUUUAAACCAAGCUGGGACUGAAGCCUGUUGAGUUAGCGUCAUACAGACAUUCAGCUGAACAUUAACCUGGUUGAACGACUUGAGAGGAAAAGCAAAGUUGUCUCUGAGAGAGAAUGUGAGUGUACAGAAAGUGGAAUGAGAGCGGGGGCAGUUUGUCCAAGUUGUCGUGUAGUGUUCGAAGGAAAGAUUUGGUACGUUAGGCAGAAGGAUUCAUAGGGUUGGCAGUGACUAGAUCCCAGAGACUACUAAGAAAAACGCAAUAAUUGUGAAGUACAUAAACUGUCCCUUUGUAACUGUGGCCUUAAUUCCCAAACACAUUUAGACAUUGGCUUUGUACAUAGAGAUGUCUUCAUUGGGGUUAUGAUUCUGUAUUUAACAUAUUUCUGUCUGUGAAAGUAUGAUGUCAUUGUGAUUUAAGUUGUUUUUUUUUUAUCAUACAGAUUUACAUAUAAGCCAGUGGCUCUGCCACAUGUAAGAGCAUUGUCCUGGUGUUGACCACCAUUUGUUUGCAACUGACGAGAUGACGCUGCUGAAGUUCCCAAACUGAGUGUGGACAGGGUGAUGAAUUUAGUCUUUUUAUUUUUUUUCCCCUAUUAUACAAAUAGAAACAUGAAACCACUUCUCUCUGGGCUCAGCUGUGAGAUAUGAACUGUAGAGUUUGCUUAUCAUAUCCUAGAAACAUUUUUAUUAUUACUAUCAGGAAAGUAUUUAAGAAGGAUUUCAGUUUAAUGGUGAGUUUUCCCACUUUUAUGACUCGUGCAGAAAGACUGCAGUCACGUCACACAAAAUAUUCUACUAACAUUUAACUGUGACCUCUCGCAUCACAAGUGUGCGGGGUUUCCUUUAUCUGUGGUCUGUUUUUGUAAGCAUAUAUUUAAUACAGCAGACGAUGUUCUCUAUGGACCUGUAUUCAGCCAUCAGAUUUUGAUGUUGUUUCACUGUAAUUAUUAUUAAGGUUGUUAAACAACAUGUUGUUAGAGAAAUAUAAAAAAGUGCAAUUGCAGGGUUGUUAUUAAUAUCCUUCUCACAACGCAGGAGUAAUCCUGCCAUUUAUUAAGCUGUCCUAUGACUGCCCUGCACCCAUUUUCUAUUCUUUUGUAAAUAUAUGCUGAAGUGAAGUAAACGCUUUCAUAGUUCUCAGUCACUAAAGUACGCUUGUGGUGACCCACUCGAAAUGCACAUGCACUCUGCAAACACGAGGAACACUUUAGUGCCUUGCAUCCUCACUAAUAAGUUCCAGCUCCCAUCUAGUCAGGCAGCCACAAAUUAACCAGUUAACUAAACCAGAACGCGAAGUAAACACCAGUUCAGAACUCGUUAACACUGAACCCGAGGCCAGGACUGCAGAACAAAGAGCACAUGGAGUAACGUGGAAACGUUUCUUUUCCUCUACAUUUACAUUUGUGUUGGUUGUGUAAUCAGCUGUGUAUUUAUAUAUAUUUGACUCGUGGGAACAAGGAUUUUUUUGCUGACAUCUGUUUUUGUGGAUUUAUUAUUAAAAAUUUCAUAGAAGCACGUGUUCGAGUAGCGAGUGAGCUGUACAAAGGUUCAAAAGUCCUCCUGCUGACUCAGCUGUUGUCUCACCACCUUCCAAGAGUGCCAUGCUGUCGUCGUGACUCUUUUUGUCUGCUUGUAGAUCGAAUUAUCUUCUCUAGAGAAAAAAGUGAAUUGCUGCAAUGCAGAAUAUGCAAUGUUUACCGUCUUACAGGGAGUGAGGAGUAUUGAAAACAUUUGCAUGCUGAAGAGGUGUUGCCAUCUUUGUUUUUGAUAUCAGAAUGUUUUUCCUUUAGUGAGUAUUAAGAUGUUCAGCUUCUUUUGAAUGUCACAGGCACAACUUCA